AUGUCGAUUGAAGCUUUGGCAAUGGCAGGCAUGGAUUAUGCAGAAUCUCGCAUUGAGCUUGAAGAGUUGGAGUAUUGCGGCUGGGAACAGCCGCCGCCAUAUCUGGUAGCCGAGCAAACUUUGGGCAUUGAGAUUGUGGCCAACCAAGAACAGAUGAAGGAAAGGAUGCGCAAAUGGGCAAAGGAGGUUGCUUCCAUGAAUGAGACUCUAAUAUUUCCCCCCAAAUCAACAAGUGUGUUCAGAUAA